AUGUGCUCGCAGGAGGUGGAGUGUCAGCGCCUGAAGAUGUGCCCUGAAGGUCCUGUGCACCAGGCAGACGACUUCUCCCCCUCCCUAUCGGCCUCAAGGUUCCUGGGCGCCAGGCUGACUUCUUCCCUCCUUACCGGCCUUGAAGGUCCCAGGCACCUGGCCAACCAGCUUGUGAUGACCCCAUCACAGAACAGGGAAGCGCAGCAGCACACAGAGCACCGCCUAUCAAAUCAAGCAGCGCUUUUCCCCUCGUCUCCUCCAAGGGCUAAUUUGUGGAGGCCGGGCCCUGGCGGCGGCGGCGGCCCCGAGCAGGAGGAGGAUUAUCGCUACGAGGUGCUGACGGCCGAGCAGAUCCUGCAGCACAUGGUGGAGUGCAUCCGCGAGGUCAACGAGGUCAUCCAGAAGCCAGCGACUAUUACUCGAAUACCGCUUAGCCAUUUCAACUGGGAUAAAGAGAAGCUGAUGGAGAGGUACUUUGAUGGCAACUUGGAGAAGCUCUUUGCAGAGUGUCAUGUAAUUAAUCCAAGUAAAAAGUCUCGAACGUGCCAGAUGAACACAAGGUCAUCAGCCCAGGAUAUGCCUUGUCAGAUCUGCUAUCUGAACUACCCAAACUCGUACUUUACUGGCCUAGAGUGUGGACACAAGUUCUGUAUGCAGUGCUGGAGUGAAUAUUUAACUACCAAAAUAAUGGAGGAAGGCAUGGGACAGACCAUUUCACGCCCUGCUCAUGGCUGUGAUAUCUUAGUUGAUGACAAUACAGUUAUGCGUCUGAUCACAGAUUCUAAGGUUAAAUUAAAGUACCAGCAUUUAAUAACCAAUAGUUUUGUAGAGUGUAAUCGCCUGUUAAAAUGGUGUCCUGCCCCAGAUUGCCACCACGUUGUUAAAGUCCAAUAUCCUGAUGCUAAACCCGUUCGCUGCAAAUGUGGAUGUCACUUUUGCUUUAACUGCGGUGAAAACUGGCAUGAUCCUGUUAAAUGCAAGUGGUUAAAGAAAUGGAUUAAGAAGUGUGAUGAUGACAGUGAAACUUCUAAUUGGAUUGCAGCAAACACAAAGGAAUGCCCGAAAUGCCACGUCACCAUCAAGAAGGAUAGGGGCUGUAACCACAUGGUCUGUCGGAACCAGAACUGCAAAGCAGAGUUCUGCUGGGUGUGUCUGGGCCCCUGGGAGCCCCACGGAUCUGCCUGGUACAACUGUAAUCGCUACAAUGAGGAUGAUGCAAAGGCAGCAAGGGAUGCACAGGAGCGAUCCAGAGCAGCCCUGCAGAGGUACCUGUUCUACUGCAACUGCUAUAUGAACCACAUGCAGAGCCUGCGCUUUGAGCACAAGCUCUAUGCUCAGGUGAAGCAGAAAAUGGAGGAGAUGCAGCAGCACAACAUGUCGUGGAUCGAGGUGCAGUUCCUGAAGAAAGCAGUCGACAUCCUCUGCCAGUGUCGUGCCACACUCAUGUACACUUACGUCUUUGCCUUCUACCUCAAAAAGAAUAAUCAGUCCAUUAUCUUUGAGAACAACCAAGCAGACUUAGAGAAUGCUACAGAGGUGCUUUCUGGGUACCUUGAGCGAGAUAUAUCCCAAGAUUCACUGCAAGACAUAAAGCAGAAAGUACAGGAUAAGUACAGAUACUGCGAGAGUCGACGAAGGGUUUUGUUGCAGCACGUGCACGAAGGCUACGAGAGGGACCUGUGGGAGUACAUUGAGGACUGAGACUGGCCCCGCAUAAAAUGAACUCUGAAACCUUUGCCAUCUAGAGUGCUCGUGCGAUUCAAAUAAAACACACACAAGGCGCUACGCCUGUUACACCGCUGGUCUGUAGUACUGGGAUUCUGUUUUGUUAACAGAAAAUUUAAGUAAAUUAUAUUGUAAUAAAGACA